AUGCCUUUACCACCUCACUAUCCCUGCCACGCUCACGCUGGCCUGCCUCGUGCUUGGCUGGGCUGGGGUGAGUUGGGUAACCGCAAGGCAGAGCUGGAACACCAAACGGACAAAUAUUUCCAGAAAAAUGACCCUGAUUUCAUGUUGGUUCCUGCGAACCAAAAACGUGGCUGGGAGGUCCAUCUCAAUGUCAUCCGCCAGUCGACUCGUUGGAUCGACUGGAGAAUCCAGGUCACAGGAAAUAAGAAGCAGCUCAUUCUUCCUGACAUGAUACCGUCUCAGCAGAUUUCGAGUCUUCUUCAUUUCUUCUAUACGGGUGACUAUUCGGUUGAAAAAGCCGACUUGGAGGACUACCCUGUCCCUCCAUCCUCCAAUGGCUGCAUGACUUGUACGCAGAUCUGCCGGCUGUUGCGUGUUCACUUGGCUAUGUUCCAAACUGCCCUCCUUCUUAGAAUCACUGACCUCCAAGCUAUAGCUUUCCGCAAAUUCCGUGAUCUCAUGGAUACUGGCUCCUCGUUCGUUUUGCAAUCUGCUGUCCGCGCAGUGUAUACUAAGAGUCCCAUUCCCGAUGGCACGAAUAGCUUCCAAAUUACAGGCUCCAAGUCCAUUCACGACUAUCGGCCUGAACUGGUCCUUCCUGCAAUUCUUCGGUACUGUGGCUACUACCGCCUCAACCCCAAUCUAAACAGACAGAGCGGCCGGACCAGGAACUCUGCGCGGGCAUUAGGCGAGGUGGAAUUCCGAGAGCUGCGCGAAAAGUCCGCUCACUUCAAUAGGCAUAUGACACAGGGAUUGUGGUUGGAUACUCUCGAUAUCGCAGUGCCAACCAUUCAACUAUCCCGCAGGUCGGAACCCAUCAGGUCUCUUCAUCCGUAUAUGCAGAUUCCACCCCCAUCCCAGAGUAUGAACGUGCGGAGGUCGAACUAUCAGUAUGUGAGUUACUUACAGCCACUACCCUUUGAAGAAUUUACCAAGCAGUUACCGUUUGAGAACCCAGCCGCGGGGCCUGCAGGAUCGUUUUACUCGAGCUCUGCCAACUUGCAGAGACCUACUCAGGUCCUACCGGCGAUGUGCCCGACUAAUCAGAGAGCCCAGGCUCCCAUAUAUCAAAAUCAAGGGAUGCCUCAGAUGUUCCCGGCAGGACCUGCACCAUUUAGUACCGAGGGACACGCUCUGUUCAAUACGCUGAACUCAGAUACCAACCUAGAGCUAGAUGCAGCUGCCAUGGCCCCGGCGAGUACUAAUAGAGUAGAUUGGACACAGACUGUCAACUGGAAUGGGAUGGGCUCGUCAGAACUUACUAUUGACAACCUAUUGGAUAAUACUGCUUUCCUCCAGCCUGACGGGACUUCCAUGGCCCCAGCCAACCCUAACGAAGUAGGCUGGACCCAGGCUGUGGAGUGGGACCCAUCGAUUUCGUCGCCACUACAUUUUGACAACUUUUUCAAUGAUGAGGCUCUGGAUUCGAACACAUCUGAGCCAAUGGACGGGAUCAAUUGGACUGCAAAUGAUCUCAACAAUUUGAACUACACCGAUUUCCUGAAUGAUAACUCUACCGACGGAUUAUUUAUUGAUCCAUCUACGAUGAAGAGUAUAGAUGUGGAUCAGUCUCAACAGAACUCCGUUUAUAUGGGGGCUCCAACUCCAAUGGAUCUCAAUGGUCUGGAGAACAAUCAACUUGGCUCUGAGGAACAACCCAUGGACUUGGACAAUGAUGCACCGAUUGAAAUAUCGACCCCAGGACCCCAGGAUGAGCCGGGGGUGGGAUUCCGGUAUAAUUUGAGGUCUCGGAAGACAGAUGAGACCUGCGUUGAUUUGACUCAAUAG